AUGUCAAAGGCAUUAUGUUGUUAUGCAUUUGAAUCAUUAAUUAAUAAAUUAAAUAAAGAAUCACCAAAAAUAUCAUUAUCUUCAUUUCAAAAACAACUUGGUGAAAAAUCAAAUGAUAUACCAACUGAUGCACCAUUAUUUAUAACUUGGAAUAAAAAUUCAAAUUUAAGAGGGUGUAUAGGAACUUUCCAAUCAUUAAAUAUUGAACUGGGAGUUUCGAAAUAUGCAUUAAUUGCAGCAUUACAAGAUCCAAGAUUUCCUGAAAUUUCAUCAAGAGAGUUACCUUCUUUAUCAGUUAGUGUUACAUUAUUAGAUAAUUUUAAACCAAUAAAAAAUCAAUUGGAUUGGGAAAUUGGUAAAAAUGGGUUAAAAGUAUCAUUUAAUUUAAAUCAUGAGCAUUAUUCAGGAACUUUUUUACCAUCAGUUGCAGAAGAUGAAAAAUGGGAUAAAUUAACAACAUUAUAUUAUUUAUUAAGAAAAGCUGAUUAUUCAAUUGAUAAAAAAUCAGUUGAUAAAUUUUAUACAAAAGGUUUAGAAGAAGGUUGGUUAAAAUUAACAAGAUAUGAUGGGUUAAAAAGUGGAUUAAGUUUUAAGGAAUUCAAGGAAAUUAGGGAUGAAUUGAAUUAA